AUCUAUUUUUGUAAACGAAAUCUAUUUCUUCCCUGGACAUUGAAAAUUUAAAUGCAGUGUAUAAUGAAAUUGCAUUACAUGUAUGUGCAUAAAGUAUAUUCAUAUGUGUAUUUUUGGCUUUUAGGUCAUCUGAGAUAAUAAUACGAACAGUGCACUUUAAGUUGGCAUAGAUAGUCGUGCUAGCCUGCAGUAUAAUGAAAACUACUAAUACUAUCCGCAUACUUUGAAAGCUGAUUCCAUGGCAACGGGAAAUUUGUUUUUCAUCGAUAUUGUUGGCGAUAAGGUCAGCACCUAAUUUAUUUGGGGUUGUAAAAGGCUUUGCAAUAAAUAAAAAGUCUGCACUAUGAGAAACUUACAAAUACAAGCGCAAACUAGCAUCAACAACAGUGCAACAUCGUCCGAAAAUAGUGAGACUCAAAGUGUAGAGGACCAUCAAUCGGUUUUGCCACCAAUCAAUCGAAGUGCUGCUCUAAUCAGAGCGAAAACUAGCUGGAAACGAAUGAAAGAUCUUGCCUCAGAGAAAGAAAAAGAAAAUGAAGCCAAGCGACCUCCAUGGCGUGCCGUUAGCGUAUCAACUCUUCCCAAACCGGAUAAGAAUGCAUUGCUUCGUGCUAAAUUACUCGAUGCGUCCAGGCGUUUAAGGGCCGGCAAAUCAAAUGUGUCUGUUCAAACCGAUUUCAUUCCCGUCAAGUUGAUGAAGGAAGCCACAACAAGUGCGCAAGAUGAUUUAAUCUUACUGAGAGACAUUGGUAUAUUAACGGAUGGCCAAUAUUCGAUUAAAAAGGAUGGGUUUCAGCAAUAUGUACUAACAUAUUCUGUGUCCCAGAUGACCGACUGCAUUGAGAAAGCAAAUGUCUCAACACAAACGCUUUUGCCAAAAGCAUUCCAGAGAAGCGUCAGUAAUCCGUGUCUAUUAGAAUUUAAGAACCAUGACAAGGAUGACAGUAAUGAAUCUCAUCGUAAACAACCGCAUCAAAUUAACCAUAUGCUGCGCGACUCUACCUUAGCCUCGUGGCACUUUGAUGACGACGCUCUUGAAAUGGAUGUCACGCAGCAUUUUAUUCCAUAUACUAUUGAGCCUCUUAAGCCAUGGCGAAGUUUCGUACCAAUUCCAUUUUAUUUAAGAGGCCACAGCAUGGUCGGCAGGCAGAAGGUCGACUGGUAUUUUCUGCUUCAGUCCAUUGAUGAUCUCAUUCGAGAAUCAAAUAAUUUACUGGACGGGCUGCAAAAAGUAAUACAAAAUAAUAUAAAUAUUCAGCAUCAGCGGAUGCAUAAAACUUUGGAUGAGAUAAGAAAGUUUCAUCCAAGUGAAUUCCAAUUCCCUUCUGAUUAUUGGUUGCCCAUAAUUGAGAAACAAGAAGUGCAGCUACAAUUACUUCUCAACUCAAAAUAAAGCAACAAUGUAUACUUACAUAAAAGGAGAAUUAGUCUCUCUGAGUAAACAAAUUAGAAACAGUACACUGAAAUACAGUCUCUUGGAAAGCCAGCUACAAUUAGAAUUAGUUACUUUGUUUAUUUACUAUUUCUAUAGAUUCGCUAAAUGUAAAA